CUUAUAUUUUAAUCUAAAACGAAAAACAUAAAAAACAAAUUCUGUCUGUCAUAUUUAUGGUAUCAUCUUCAUUUAAUCUGUUUAUUCACUUAUGAGAACCUCCAUGGCACUCUAAAAAUGUGCGGGUAUAGCGAUAACGAAUUACUACAUAGAAAUACUAAAAAUAUACAAAACUUGGAAAAAAGUAUCAAAAUCGCUUGGUCGUAGGUUCAACACAGUAUUGUAAACUCAUGACCUUCAAUGAGUUGUCGGGAACGCUUCAAAUACCCAUUCUCGCAGAGUGCAGAUUUGUAAUAGGGCUAACGAUUUAAAUCUUUGUGUAAUGGAGGCCAUACACAUUUGGUUUUGCAUUAUGGUUUUAGCCGAACAUGCAUAACCGACAGGCAAGCCCUUACGUGUAUGUGAUAAAACUAUACAGUUUUCGGUGCAUGUAACUCGGUUAAGCAUGUCGGUUAUGAAUGCACGGUUAAAACCAUCAUGCAAAACCUAACGUGUGUGGCCUCCAUAAAACAGAGAAAGCCACAGACACACAAAAAAAAACUAUGUGAGCUCAAUGCUUAUUACUUUUCUCUAUGUCAAUACAUUAGCAAAAUGUCAACAAUAAUUACAUUUGAUUUAAAAGAGCUAAGGAAAUUAGUUAAUGAUAAGAAUUCCUGUGUCGUGGAAAAAAAAGUUACUCAAAAUCUGGCUUUGCAACCUUGGUGCUUAGGCAAUCCAAAAGAAUCUGUAAAAACAUUACUGGAUUACAAAAUUGGGAAAUUCGAUAAAGAGUUUAAUGGCAUACUCUUAAGUUACAAAAAUCUUUGCAUAUUGCAAAAUGUUGGAUCAAUAAGAAAUGAUAAUGCAGAUAUUCAUUUUCAAGUACAAGCUGAUUAUUUCAUAUUUACUCCAUAUGUGGGGGCGACUUUAAAAGGAGUAGUUAAUAAAAAGAGCUCUACGCAUCUCGGUAUCCUUGUUCACAGAGUAUUUAAUGUUGUUAUACCAAGGCCCACUGAAGAACCAGGAAAUAAGUGGAUUGGUGAGGGUAUUGAAGAAGGGCAACAAGUUGUUUUUCAAAUUGUUGUCCUUGACCUUUUUGGAGCUUUACCAUACAUCAGAGGACAGUUAGAUGAAAGAUGGUUAAAGCAAUUUCCUGAUGAUGACAAUGAGGUAGAAGAAUACUCAAAUGAGUCGAUAAGUGUUUCCUAUAUUAAUUUUGAUAAAACAAAACCACAUACACAAAAGCAAAGUAAAGAUCAUGGUAAAUCUUGCGUAGAUCAAAUAUGUGACAUGUCACCAGAAAGAAAACCUGAAAAUGGCGAUUUAAGCUCAACAAAAUGCGGAAAAAAGGAUAAUGUUGCUGUAAUAGAUAAAUUGAAGAUCAAAACAAAAAGCACAGAUUCAGAUAAUCAAACAGACAAAGAAGAAGUCAGUAUAAGACAAUCAAAAAAGCGCAAAAAGAAAAUAUAGUGUUUUAACAUCAGACACAUUUUACCCACAUACGUGCAGUUGGGUGGUUUACUUUCGGACACAUUUCCUGGUAAUUAAGCAAUAAAGUCAAAAUCUCUUCACUAUUUUGUUUUAAUUAAGCAUAUGACUACUGUAUUUUAACAAUAUACUAAAAUACUGAAAAGUAAUUAGAUAUUAUAAGUAAUAAUAUUAUCAUAAUACCUACUUAAUGGUGCUUAGACUUUAACCUUUUAGUACCGACAUGCAUUUUUUGUAACAUUAGUACCAACGUGAGGUCUGAGAGACCGCAUUUAUAAUAUUGAAUCUUAUGAACAAAGUGAUGAGCUAAAUAUUUGUCCUUUCAAUAUAUUGUAUACAUGGUUGUGAGGUUUAUGUCAAGUCUAAUAAUCAAUUAAUAGGACCAUGCUAUUCAUAUACAGGUGUCUGUCAAGGAGGAAUUAUGUCUCCAUUGUUUUACAUUUUUUGAGUACCUACACAAACUAAACAUAAUUUUAGGAUCACAUGUAAAAAAGUUGCAAUUUGCUGAUUACUUGGUCAUUUACCUCUCAGGUUCUGAUAUACAAAAGGUAUCCUCUACUAUAAAUAGAGCACUUUUAAAACUAAAUCUUAAUCACAAUCUUAGAUGCAUAACCUGUGUUAUGAAAAACUCCUAUCAACUCUUUGGAAUUAAUCAACUGUAAAGAUAAAUUGAAGAUACAUAGGUUUCUUAGCUUACUUACUCCUUUGUUAAUAUAAAAAUGAUGAAAUGUUUGAAUUUGCUGAAAAUGUUAAAAAGAAAAGAGAAAUAAUGUGUUUUUUUUUAAACACAAGUUUGUUCAAAUCUGCCUCCCGGGGGGCACAUUUAAAUCGACAAGGGCAGUUUUGAACAAUGGGUUAAAAACAAGAAAAAGAGAGGAUACAAUUUGCCUUUAUUAUAAUAUUUAUUGUAAUAAAAUAUAAAAUAAACUUAUACGAAACUUCUAAAGUUACAUCUUGCAUUACAGUAAUAAAAAUAGUAUUUUCAUUGUGUUGGACUUCCUCCUUGUUAACAAAAGUAAUCAUAGUGCACAAGAGUUUUAGUUUAUUGUUAUGUUACUAUCCAACCGAGUUGUGAAUUUACCAAAAAUAGAUUGUCACUAAUCUGUUUUUUAUCUGUAUUUAUGAUCGUGAAGUAGUAAUCGUUUCCAAUGAGUAUAUCUACCUGGUCUCCAAGUGAACCAUCAUCGGCUAAUAAAAUUUUAUCCUUCCAUUGAUUCAAUUCCUUUUCAGGAUAAAAAACUUGUUGAGCUAUUGUGGGUACAAUGUUAGCAUAAAGAAUAAUAGUUGUU